UUAUUAUCACAUGACGUAAGUCCAAACGAAGUCUUUCUGUUUUGCACCCGGGUAGGGAAAAAAAAACGCAACUAUUCGCAUUAGAAACGCCUUGUCACGUUCCACACUCGCCGCGUUCACGCGUGCGCGCGUGGAAACAAUCGUUAGUCGGCAGUUGUCCAACAGCUGCUGACCGGAUGCGGGUUUUUUUUUCACAACGACCCGCUGCUCUCUCUGACAGUCACGCACGGACACACGCACGCGCUUGUGCCUCUUGUAGCUGAGCUUGUGUGUCGGGGCGCUUCCUCCGCGCCGCGGUGUUUAUGUUACUGUGAACAUGUCUGUCAAUAAAACCUACGUCAGUAUCGGCUAUGCCUCGUUCGGCGUGCUCGUGGGCUUUUCUGCUUUCCUGGUGUGGAACAUCGUGUACGAACAGCCGUGGACUGCUGCCAUGGGAGGACUGUCAGGUGUACUGGCACUUUGGACCCUGAUCACUCACGUCAUGUACAAGCAGGACCACUGGAGGACCUGGCUGAGGGGCCUCAAAUUCUUCUUCUUUAUCGGGGUCUUCUUCUCUCUGUUAGCAGUCGUGGCCUUCAUCAGUUUCCUGUCUAUCGCCAUCGGCAACAAGCAGUCCCUGCGUGACCCUCAGAGUCUCUACCUGUCCUGCGUGUGGAGCUUCAUGACCCUAAAGUGGUCCUUCCUGCUCUCCCUGUCCGCUCACCGCUACCGCAAAGAGUUUGCCGACAUCAGCAUCCUCAGUGACUUCUAAGGGCACCCUAACGUCCCGCCGUGACUACACAGACUUUGGAGGACGCUCGCUGUGCUGCCUUCCCAGCACGAGAGUCCAAAGGCUUUGAAGGACAUUUCAAGAGGAAUCGGGGGAAGGUUUGGAUUACUUUGUGUUGCUGGUGGAACCCUGUCUGUGGUUACUCCCUUGCCGUCUUGGCCCAAACCUCCUCAUACUUUUUUUUUUUAGAAUGUUUGCGCUAUUUUUUUUAUUGCCAACGAAUCCAUUUUCCUUUCCUCAGCCACCUGUUGAGCCAUGUCUUUGUACAGUUUCUUCAUAACAAAAUAGAUCCAAAAUAUGCCCAUGUUUUUCAUGAUUCAGUGAAGGGAAUAUAGGCUGUUCGGUGGUAAUUGUCAAUAGCAGUUUCAUGCUGUAGCCCCUAGAGGGCACUGUCCUUCCAACAGUUGACCGCAUGCUACAGUACGGGAUUUGUAUUUCAUGUCCCGGCUUCUUGGUAUUAUUUAAAAAACACUUAUUGUUCAAUGAAUGAUAAAAUGUUCCACAAACGGCGGUCAAAUGGAUGGAAUCGGCAUAUCGAAGAGCAUCACUGCAAAUGGUGAAAACGUGAUGUACACUCUAUCCAAGAACCUCUUUAACAGAGUGUGUCGGGGUCUCGCACAGGGCAGGUCAACCAAAAUUCUGCCGCAUGGCCAUGGUUGCUUUCAUGUAACACGCACCACAUGUUCUGGUUUGUCGUGUCUGUGAACCAUGAAGGGGCGUUUUUAACGUAAAGAAUAAUUUUUGUGUUAUUUUUGAUCAGUGUGAGAAACAUGAGUGUAAGUGUGAACAGGGGGCUCAUUGAUGGCUUUAAUUUGUGACAUCAGUGACACCGCCGGGGUGCAUGUAUGUUGCUUUACAUUAUUUAGUCCUCAUCCGUAUUAUCAAUGCCACUUAUAUUUCAGUUGUAUGAGAUUAUUUUGCUUCAUUUUCUUAUAUCUCUGUACCAAUGAAGAAUGAAUCAAUGCAAGGCGUCGCGUUCGUGUGUUCCUGAGUCAUGUUAGUAAAAUGUUUUUUGUAGUCA